AUGAAGCAGAAGGACAUCAGGCCGGCGCCGUCGCUCAUCGAGUACAAGAGCAUGCGCUUCCUCAUCACGGACCGACCAUCUGACGUCACCAUCCAGUCUUAUUUGCAGGAGUUGAGGAAGCACAAUGUUUGCACUGUGGUUCGCGUCUGCGAGCCCAGCUAUGACACCGCGCCGCUCAAAGCCGAGAGCAUCGAGGUUAGGGACCUGGCUUACGACGACGGCACUUUCCCGCCAACCAACGUGGUCGACGACUGGUUCGAGAUCUUAAGAGACAAGGCUCAGAACAAACCGGACGCUGCAGUGGCAGUGCACUGCGUCGCAGGACUCGGUCGUGCGCCAGUCAUGGUCGCCAUCGCACUUAUCGAGCUCGGCAUGAAGUACGAAGAAGCGGUCGAGACUAUCAGAGACCAACGCCGCGGCGCCAUCAACUCGAAGCAACUCUCGUACCUCGAGAAGUACCGGCCCAAGUCGCGCCUCAAGAAGAACGGCCACAAGAACUCUUGCUGCGUGCAGUGA